AUGGCUUCAGGUCGACCGGACCGUUCGGACGGUCGGUUGGGACGUUCGGCCGAGAGUCGGGUUGUGAUUGGCCAUCAGUACGAUUGGAUCGAUCGUGGCCGAGAGAUUUCAUGUUCGGUCCUCGGGUUCGGCCGGGUGGAUAAUUUGGUUGAACGUCGAAUGCGGGACGAUGAUUCCCGGUUCGGACGAGGCGGUCGUGCGCGGCACCUGGUCGUGGGACUGAAAUGGGUCAACCACGGGCGGAUGCUUCCCGGGUCGGUAUGUGCACUUGGCCGUGCACUAUGCGGUUCGGAUGUAGUGUUAUGCGCGGGUCGAUCGAGGGACCAUAGUUCCUCGGUCGACCGUUGCGCGCGGUCUUGGGCGCUGCUGCGCGGUUUCAGCCGUCUGAACCAGUCUUCACUAAAUCGAUCAUAA